AUGACUGAACUAUAUUUUCUACGUCAUGGUGAACGAAUUGAUCACGCGUUACGAGAAGAUCCAGAUGCCAAACCAAUAUUAGAAGAUUACAAGGAAUAUGAUCCAUCAUUAUCAGAAAGUGCCGUUCCCCAAAUACAGAGACUAGUUGAUGAAAUAUGUUCAAUGACUCAAGUGUUCACAGAUUUGGAAUCAACACAACGAAAAAAUGUCUUUAUUCAUUUCAGUCCGUAUUUGAGAUGUUGUCAAACUGCAGAUCUAUUAAUAACCGACUUGAAAACUUUAUUCAUGAAAAAGUAUCCAAAUUAUAAAAUGAGAUUCCAGUUGUUGUGUGACUUUGCUUUGAGUGAAUGGAUACAUGAUAAAAUGAAAAAUAAACCACCUUUCGUCGACUCAGAUGAUGCAUAUAAUAUGUACACCCCUAAUUUGAAAUCAUUGAAAAACAAAAGUGCCUGCUCAAUGUUUAGACCUACUAUCACACUAGGUCCAUAUAACGGUCUUGAUCUAAGUUACAAGGAUUAUCAAACUAGAUGCAAAGAUUAUUUCAAGAAAUUAUUAGCAACAUAUGAAAAACCAAUGUAUAUCAAGAACAAAGACAUCAUUAUAGUUGUAACCCAUGGAUAUGCAGUAAACAACUUUCUAUCUUACUUUAUCAGUCAUCCAAUUUUUGAAGAGCUUCCUGAAGCAAAAGCAAAUUUUGCUAAACGAGUUUUGAAAGAGGAUAUCAAAGAUGUCGAAGAUGAGAAUGAUCCUGCAAAUUAUAUUUGGAGAUUGGAGCAUGAUGCCCUAGAUUUGAUCAAGGAGGAUGACGUAGACACUACGUUGAAUCUAGAGACUGAUAUUGUUUAUUACAAAACAAAUUUUAUUAAAAAAGAUGACUUGGAAAGCCCAAAGAAAAAUCAAGUGGUUGACGAGGAUUCUAAACCAAGACCUUCAUUCAAAAUCAAAGAAACAUCGGCAGCAUAUGAAAGUGGGAGAAAUCCCCAGACUCGUCAAACUUACAUUUGUCCUGCAGCAAGGGACUGGGUCCCUAAUUUGAAACAUUUCCUUAUAAGAUCCGAAUUCAAGGAGAAAAUAAUGAAUGAUGAAUCGUUUCGAAAAAAUUAUAACAUAGGCAAUCAUCCUUCACGUCCUAUAAGUCCUGAGGUGUCUCCAAAUUCUGCACCAACAAGAUCAAAUUCAGUUAUUGAUUUGUCUAAAAUUGUGAGUAAUGACGACCUACAGCCUAUGAAGUUAAAGUACUCACAUACCUCCGAAAUACCAAUGCAUAAGAUCAACUCAAGAGUGAAUUCACAAGUAAAUCUUUCUUCGUUUGGGAAAGGGUCAUAUCCUCAGCCCAAUGGUUCCAAUGCUGAUAUUUUCAGGACUAAUAGCACUGGAUCACGAAGUUCUUCAAAAGAAGGUUCCACCACAGAUCUACCAAGAUAUAUUUCUUCAUUGCAGAAUAGAAGUAGGUCCAGUUCUAAUCCUAUGACACACGUUCAUGUUGCACAUAACGCUAAAGAUUCCUACUUCCCAUCCACUAUUUUGGGUAGAGCCAAGUCUCCAGAAUCGGAUGUUUCGAUCGAUUCUUUGGGCGAACCUAUACCAGAGGAGCUCGAUAGUGUCCUUCAAGCAUAUCAACCAACACUCAGUGAGCCUGGUGGGAGAAAUUCGCCUAUCGAGUCUUUGAAUAGAGCCAGGUCCUUAAACAAAAGAAGAACAAAUAAUCCACUUUUUUCAUCAACCACUCAAAGAAAACUGCAACAACUGUUGUUCCAAACUUCGUUGACUCAACUCAGUAAAGUGAAUCGACAAAGGUCGCCCAGCUCAGGUGGUGAAAACAGACUUGGGCUGCAACAAAAGAUACAACCCAUGAAUGGAAAAGAUAACAGUUAUGACGAUGACCAUGAUUCAGACGAAGGUGAGGAAGAAUCAAAUGCAACUACUGAUGAAGAUGAAGAUUACAACAAUUCAAACGAUAGAAACUUAUUCACGUUGUCUUUUAACUCAUCACAUAAGAAGUCCACACGUGAAAAAGGCAAAGAGACAUCACCUCGGAAAUCUACUGGAAGGCGCUCAAGAAAGAAUUCAUUCAAAUAUAAACCAUCAACCUCCACUAAAGAGUCGGGAGCCAAAAGUCGUCCAAUAUUUUACAAUUUUGAUAGUAGUGGUGACUCUUCAUCUUCUGAAGCGGAAGAUCAGGAUACUCGUGAUGAUGAUGACGAUGAUAAGCUGGCAACCAAGGAAAAUAAACAUGAGUUGAUGUUGCAAAACAGUAAGAACAAAGAGGACGGGGAUUCUGAUUAUUUUUGGUUUGGCAAGAAUAAUAAAUAG